AUGCAGCUGACCAACAUUCAGUACGAAUGCGUCAAAAACGCUUGGAACGGCAACCUUAGUAAUAUUGAGGAUCGAAUCCUUUCUAUUGGUGGUAGCGAUGAUGUUACCAAAGAGCAGCUCGAUGCGCUUAGUGAAGUUGUCGAGGGAGAUGAUGACGACAGAUACAAUGUUAUAUCGAACCCUACCAAACCAAGCUGCUUCAGACCGCAGUGA